GCGCCAGGCCCCGGUUCUCCGCUGCGCCUCCCUCGGCGCUUGGCUCCCGGCGGCGUCCGGGGCGAGGCCGGUCCCUCCGGAGUCCCUGUCCCUGAGCCGACACGCCCACCUGAGAGGCGACUGGGGCUGGGCCUCCUGCCUCGCUUUCCGCUCGGUCUCCCGCUGGCCUGGCUCGGGAGCCGUCGGUGUCCUUGGAUCGGGCGCGGGGCCCCGGCUUGCGUGGUUCGACCGGGGUUGGCCUUCUCUUCCCAGUCCCGCGCCUUUGACGGAGGGAGGAGGGGGACGCCAGAUGUGCUCCUUGGGGAAGGGGGCGACGGGGUAGGAAGGAGUCUUCCUGAAGCGGCGGGGACGGACCGGUUUCACACCUGGUGACCUGAUAGGCGGACGAACUCCUGUCCUUCUGUGCCCGGGGCAGUUUUUCUCUGCCUCGUUUUAUGGCAUUUCACAUCAUCACUUUUAAGUCCCUUGUCUCUCCCUGACGUGGUAAUGGCAUCAUUGCUUUGGCUGGGAAAUGCUGCACUGGUCCCAGGCGCUGAAGUUCUCACAAAGAAUAUGGUUCCCGUCGUUAUUUUAGAAUAACAAAGCUAUGCUCGCUUCGGCAGCACAUAUACUAGAAUAACAAAGCUGGCUUGGGAGCCACAGCGAGAGAAAUUUCUCACGUCCCUGAUAACUUCCGCAGUGCUUGGGUAGACAGGGCUUGGGUGAAGUCGCAAUAUCCAGAGAAAACAUCUAGGAAAUUAUGACUGGUGAAUGAAGUAUCGGCCUGGAUAUCUUCUGUGUCCUGUCGGAGGUGAAAGGAGCAACUGCUCAGAUGAUUUGCCUUGAGCUCAGGUGGUUUGCUUGUGGGCGUGUCUCCACAGUAGCCAAACCGAAGUUAGAACCAACACCAAACUCCUCCUUAUUGUCAACGUGGAAAGUGAAGAAAACCGGAAGGAAGAUUUAUUUGAGAGCACAGAUGGGGGAGGGGCAGAAGGACAGAGAGAAGUGGUCUCUGGGCUGAUCCAGGAGCCCAGUUUAGGGAUUGAUUCCAGGAUCCAGGAUCUCCACCAGAGCUGAAAGCAGAUGCUCAACCCACUGAGCCACCCGCCCACGGACUCUUCAGGUAUGCCCCUGCAGGACUCCACUCUUGCCAGAGAGGGGAACACAGAGGAAGAGAUUAUGGCUGCCAUGGUUUUUUCAGUUGGACCUUUGAAUCCUGAAGAUUCGCAGGCAGGUAACGAUCCUCACCUUCAGCCAGAAGAGCCAGAGCUGGUAAAGGAUCCCGUGACGUUUAAAGAUGUGGCUAUAGACUUCACGUUAGAAGAGUGGAGGUUGAUGGACCCUUCACAGAGGAACCUACACAAGGAUGUGAUGCUAGAGAAUUAUAGGAAUCUUGUCUCCCUGGGGCUUGCAGUUUCCAAACCAGACAUGAUAUCUCAUUUGGAGGCUGGAAAAGGACCAUGGGUGGUAGUGAGAGAAAUUGCAAGAACCCCCUACCCAGAGUUGGAGACCAAACCUGCAACCAAGAAUGCUGUAUCAACAGAGGAUGUUUCUGAAGAUGUAUCACAAGAGACCAUAAUAGAUAAACUCACAGAGAAUGGUCUAUGGAACUCAAGAAUGGGAGGAUUAUGGAAAUGGAGUGAAAGGAAAUUAAAAUUGCAAAACAGUCAGGAAAAUCAUUUGAAUCAAAAAAUAGUUACUCACAAGAAAAUUCCCUCUGGUCAAAGAAGAUUUAGAUUUGGAUCUCUUCUUUUUCCUGAAGCAGGCAUUAUCACAGAAGAACCCCACAGCAAAUGUCAAACACAUGAGAAUUUCACUGAGAAUUUAGAUUUGAUUACAGAUACCCAUCUGGGGAAGAAACUUUGCAAGGAUACAGAAGGCAGCAAAGCCAUAAGGCCUACUUCAGAACUUACCAUAGGGGACAAGUACAAUAAUAAAGAAAAGCCCUAUAAAUGUAGUACAUGUGAAAAGUCCUUUCGUUAUAGGUCAUUGCUCAUUCAACAUCAGAGAACUCACACUAAAGAAAAACCUUAUGAAUGUAAUGAAUGUGGGAAAAUGUUUAGCCAGCCUUCAUAUCUCAGUCAACAUAAAAAAAUUCACACAGGAGAAAAACCCUAUAAAUGCAAUGAAUGUGGAAAGGCCUUCAUUGCUUCUUCAUCACUUAUGGUACAUCAGAGAAUUCAUACUAAGGAGAAACCUUAUCAGUGCAAUGUCUGUGGAAAGUCUUUUAGCCAGUGUGCUCGCCUUAAUCAACACCAGAGAAUUCAAACCGGAGAGAAACCUUAUAAAUGUAGUGAAUGUGGGAAAGCAUUCAGUGAUAAAUCAAAACUUGCAAGACAUCUGGAAACUCACAAUAGAGAGAAACCCUACAAAUGUAAUGAUUGUGGGAAAGCCUUUAGGAAUAAGUCAUAUCUUAGUGUACAUCAGAAAACCCAUACUGAAGAGAAACCAUAUAAAUGCAAUGAAUGUGGGAAAUCUUUCAAGAAUACCACAAUUUUUAAUGUCCAUCAGAGAAUUCAUACUGGAGAGAAACCCUUUAGAUGUAAUGAAUGUGGGAAAGCCUACAGAAGUAAUUCAAGCCUUAUUGUACAUAUAAGAACUCAUACUGGGGAAAAACCCUAUGAAUGUAAUGAAUGUGGGAAAGCAUUCAAUCGUAUAGCAAAUUUCACAGAACAUCAAAGAAUUCAUACAGGAGAAAAACCCUAUAAAUGUAAUGAAUGUGGGAAAGCAUUCAUUAAUUAUUCAUGCCUUACUGUACACCACAGAAUGCAUACAGGAGAGAAACCUUAUAAAUGUAAUGAAUGUGGAAAGGCCUUCAUGCGUUCUUCAUCCCUAAUUAUACAUCAGAGGAUUCAUACUGAAGAGAAACCUUACCUAUGUAAUGAGUGUGGGGAAUCUUUCAGAAUAAAAUCACACCUAACUGUACAUCAGAGGAUUCAUACUGGAGAGAAACCAUAUAAGUGCACCGACUGUGAGAGGGCAUUUACCAAAAUGGUAAAUCUCAAAGAGCAUCAGAAAAUUCAUACUGGAGUGAAACCUUAUAAAUGCUGUGAUUGUGAAAAGUCGUUCAGGACUAAGUCAUAUCUUAUUGUACAUCAAAGGACCCAUACUGGAGAAAAACCAUAUAAGUGUACUGAAUGUGAGAAAGCUUUCACUAAUACGUCACAACUUACUGUACAUCAAAGAAGGCACACUGGAGAAAAACCCUAUAAAUGUAAUGAGUGUGGGAAGGUUUUCACAAGUAACUCAGGCUUUAAUACCCAUCAAAGAACACAUACUGGAGAGAAACCAUUUAAGUGUAAUGACUGUGGGAAAGCAUUUAGCCAGAUGGUACAUGUCACAGAACAUCAGAAAAUCCAUAGCGGAGAGAAACCCUAUAAAUGUGAUGUCUGUGGAAAAGCCUUUAGGAGAGGUUCAUACCUUACAGUGCAUUGGCGAACACAUACUGGAGAAAAACCCUAUACAUGUAAGGAAUGUGGAAAAGGUUGUAUCACUCUAUCGCAGCUAACUCUCCAUCAGAGAAUUCAUACUGGGGAAAGGCCCUAUAAAUGUGAGGAAUGUGGAAAAGCCUUCAGAACCAACUCGGACUUUACUGUACAUCUGAGGAAGCAUACUGGAGAAAAACCCUAUAAAUGUAAUGAGUGUGGGAAAGCCUUUAGGAGUAGCUCCAGCCUUACUGUACAUCAAAGAAUCCAUCAAAGAGAAACUCAGCUAAUAUAAAGAUUAAUAAAGCAUUCAUCCAGAUGCUGGCACCACAAGAGGAAUCCAGCUGUGUCUUUUAUGGACAAUUCACCAGAGAAAAUACACACUUAAGAGAUACUUUAGAGGGGCUGUCUGGGUGGCUCAGUUGGCUAAGCAUCUACCUUCACUCAGGUCAUGAUUCUGGGCUCUGGGGAUC